AUGCGCAGCUAUUUGAAAUUCGUGACGCCACACAAGAUAACUCAGACUUUAAUCGUACCUUCUGGAAUUCCAGAGGAGACAACGAAUCUCGAGGAACUUUGUCCUGUGCGUGCACUGUUCUUGUCUGGUGUGUGGUGGAACGUUGAACCAACGCAUUAUUAUAUAGUCAGAGGCAACCGUAUCUGUCAUUUCGUCGCUCCUCAGUACAACACACAUGGGAACUAUUUAAUUGGACCGACGAAAGUUGAUCCAUACGAUACGACACCAUCGAAUUGUGCGGACGAUAGCUACGCGUUUGAUCAGUACUUUUAUCAUGGAAGUUUUGGCUACUAUUCCUUCUACGAGGAGCAGACUGGAACCUACUGCGCAAAGGACAACAUUGUGUACAUUUACGGUCAUGGCCUGGGUUCGUUUGAUAUUAACGGAUCAUUCCUCGCUAAAGACCGGGGCAACUCUGGCUAUUGA